UUCUGGUGGCUCGCUCUAUGCGCCUCACAAGCUAACGUUAGCUAGCAAGCUGUCAAGCUGUCUAGUGGAGAGGCUGGGACGGACGUUUCAGCUUCCCCCUGGCUUGGCCACACAAAUCUCCGGCUCAUAAAUUCCCUGGAAAAUAUUUGAAAAUAUAUUUACGAUCGCCAGCUGAGAUGAUGUAAUGCAUCACGGGCGCACGCAAAGAGGGACCUCCGCACUUACACAAUUUCUAUGAGUCUUGUGCGACGACUGCUCACUGCUAGCUAACUGGCUAGCUAGCCUAGCUAAGCCGUCACAAACCCCCUAGUUUCGUCGGUGUACCCUCUCCGGUGUGAACUGAGGCUAUUCGUUCCUUGUCACCUCCGCAGACUCUGUUGCUGUCAACUGGUAUUUCGGAUAUUUGGUGUUAAGAGUGGCACAAUGGGUGCAUUUCUGGACAAACCAAAGAUGGAAAAAUACAAUUCCCGCGGUGAGGGCAACGACCUGAGGUAUGGGCUGAGCAGCAUGCAGGGUUGGCGAGUGGAGAUGGAAGAUGCGCACACAGCCGUUAUCGGGCUGGCCCACGGUCUCGAUCCCUGGUCGUUCUUCGCUGUUUAUGACGGGCAUGCUGGCUCUCAGGUGGCCAAGUACUGCUGUGAGCACCUGCUGGAGCACAUCACCACCAACUCAGACUUCCAGAGUGCUUUGCAGGAGGACCCCUCCGUAGAUAGCGUGAAGAAUGGGAUCCGCACGGGGUUCCUGCAGAUUGACGAACACAUGCGAACCAUCUCCGAGAAAAAGCAUGGUGUGGACCGCAGUGGUUCCACGGCAGUGGGAGUGAUGAUCGCUCCCAGCCACAUCUACUUUAUCAAUUGCGGCGACUCAAGGGGCCUCCUCAGCCGGGGCGGAGCUGUGCACUUCUUCACGCAAGAUCACAAACCCAGCAACCCCCUGGAGAAGGAAAGGAUCCAGAACGCAGGCGGCUCAGUCAUGAUCCAGCGAGUUAACGGUUCUUUAGCGGUGUCCCGGGCUUUGGGAGACUUCGACUACAAGUGUGUGCAUGGAAAAGGUCCGACAGAGCAGCUUGUGUCCCCGGAACCCGAAGUGUAUGCAAUAGAGAGAUGCGAGGGCGAAGAUGAAUUCAUUAUACUAGCCUGUGAUGGCAUCUGGGAUGUCAUGGCCAAUGAGGAACUGUGUGACUUUGUCAGGUCAAGACUAGAGGUGACCGAUGAUCUUGAAAGAGUCAGCAAUGAGAUUGUUGACACCUGCUUGUACAAGGGGAGCCGAGACAAUAUGAGUGUUGUUUUAAUCUGCUUUCCUGGGGCACCAAAGGUCUCUCCAGAAGCAGUGAAACGGGAGGCUGAGCUGGACAAAUAUCUGGAGGGCAGAGUAGAAGAGAUUCUUAAAAAGCAGGGGGAUGAAGGUCCCCCGGAUUUGGUCCAUGUUAUGCGGACGUUAGCAUCUGAGAGCAUCCCUAACCUCCCCCCCGGGGGAGAGCUGGCGAGCAAACGAAGUGUUAUUGAAGCAGUCUAUAACAAGCUCAAUCCCUACCGAAGCGAUGACACAGACUCUGCGUCCACAGACGACAUGUGGUAACACACCCUCCUCCACUAACACAGCAUUCAGUUUACAACCCACCAUCCUCUCAAGACCCAUAGCAGCUCCGCUCAGCAGUCUGUCUCUACGUCACUCUGAGCUUUUGGUUUCUAAGAAGGGAAUUUCAUGGGAGGAGGAGAACGAGGAGAUGAAGAAGAUGAGGAGGAGGAGGAAGAAUAAGAAGAAGAGUUUGCAUGCACACAAACCUGGAAUAGUGCAGCACCAGUCCACUCUGGAGUUCAGGAUCCCCACCCUCUUGUCUCCCCCUUUUAUGUUCACCCAUCUUUAUACUCUCUUCUAAAAGUAAUCCAUAACAAAUGAGUCCCGCGGUUUCCUUUUUUUUUUGUUAAAUAAUCAGCUUAAGUAGUAAUAUUUUUUUUUUUUUGGUUGCUGUAAUUAAUUUGAUUCACAUUUCCUUGUGUGUUUGUAUAUUUCUGUUUUUGUGAAGUGCAAUUGUCCUGUACAAACAGCCUGUAUUUAAUGCAGCUUGAUUUUAAGUUAAAAAAUGAAAGAAAUGAAAAAGAGAAUCUUUUAUGCACUAUCUGCCUUUUCCUGCUCUUCUGGAAUUGUAACAAAAGUCUAUUCAGUGAAUAUUACUGCUUGUCCUCCAGGCACAAUGUCUCUGCGCUUUUACUUUCCUUUUUUUUGUCUUUUUAGUCUAUGCUCUUUUUUUUUUAAAAACGGGUAAAUUGUAUAGUUGACAGCACAGUAAGCUCUAUAUCAAACCAUUUGAAUCCUAAUUAUUUUUUCCCUGUGCUUUUUUUUUAUUGUAUUGUGGUUUUCUCUACAUGCUCAAAUAAUAAUUGCAAAGUGUCUCUCAGGCAUUUUGGAAUUUUUAAGUGACAAAUAAACUUUCAAUUUUUGUUCAUUCCUUAAAAUCCUUUUUUUUGUUUUUUUUAAAGCCCCCCUGUUAACGCGUCCAUCUGUGCAAAUAGAUACUUUGCAGAUAAUUGGUGCUUGUGUCUCUGUAUGUGCACGCGUGUGUCCGUGUAAAGGCAGAUCUGUAUGUGCAACUCUAAUUAGAAUUUGCUACAGUGGUGCAGACUACAGAGCCUCAGUCUAAGGGACUCGCUCUCCCCCUGCUUACCCGUUUGCCUGCCCCUUUUUUUCAGCCGGUGUUCAUAUCAACCCAAAAAUAAGCUUUCACUACUUCUUAUUCCAAAAAGCUUUGGACAACAGAGUUUACAUGCGGUUAUGCUGUGUGAACAUUUUCAAGCUAUUUAUCAGAACUAUACAGCAACCUGGGAUGACACAAGUAGUUCAAUUUACCCAUGUUGUACAAGACUAGUUUACGCAUCGAUUGUGUCAUUUUUAGCUAUUGGUUUUCGAAGCAUAUAUUACCAGUGCCCACUGUGGGUGCCAUAUGAUUUAUAUUCACUUGUUUCAGCUUUAUGACAGCCUAUGCCAAGUUUCUUCUUAAUGAGAAUCUUUUUUUUUUUUUGUGGUACAGAUAGAUUUUUAGCUUCUAACAUCUAGUAAUCUAACUGAUGUGAACAGUUGAAUCACUGACUAUUUUAAAGAAAAGCACCUAUUACCAGUCUGAUCAUAGGAAAAAAAAACAUACAAGAUAUUGACUCUAAAACGUUAUACGGCUGUUUGUAUUCUUCACGUGGUCUUCAGUUGGACAUUCAAGCCAAGAACAAAUCUGCCAACUGCAAUGAGUUCUCAUGGUUGUAUAGCACCUUUUUAUCCCAUCAGGUUUCCCUGCCCCUCCUCAGCACCACAAGCCACAGCACAAUACACUUUGCUGCUAUGGUGUUUGACCUGUGUUUUUUUUUUUGUUUUCAGUGGAUUUCCCUCCUUGAAACGAUGAAUAGUUUAAUUAACACACAGUAGAUAUAUUUCUUGAAGAUGAACGGUUUUAUUUCUGAUUUAUUUUCUGCUGGGAUUUUUUGUCUGAAAUUGCAUUGUUGGAAAUUCGUGUAUGUAUAUAUUUUUGACCUAAACUUUCAAGGAAUAAAUCGUGUCGCUUGAGUUAGUUCUUUUGCCAUGGACAAAAUGGGAUGUUGCUUUGUCUUGGGAUGGUUAGUUGUUUUUUUUUCUUUUGCAAACAAAGCGUUAAACCCCUUAAUCACUUCAGUUUCCCUCUAAUCAACACUUUGGUUUGCACUGUUUCUUUAACUCAAUACACAAUAAUCAUUUACAACAUUUGUAAAUCUUCAUUUAUCGUAAUGACAAUCCUAACUAUUUCACCGCAUUUAGGUUUCUGGUGGUUGCAAAUAAUUGUAAUCUUUACAAAACGCACACGAUCUUAAAUUGUUAGAUUUCUAUUCUAUUUCGGUGAAAAAUAAGUGGGAUGAAUGUAUGACAGGAAGCAACAAUUAGAAAAAGAGUAGCGUUAAAAUGUUUGUUAGGCCUUAGAGACACAUUGCAUUCUGGGAAGAGGUGUUGAAUGUAAACCUAACUGUUGGUAGAGGAAACUCCAUGUGGGACCUUUUCGUACAAACCCGACAAAUGGCGUGAAUAGCAACGUAGUCCUAAUUUAAAAUGUGUAACAUAAAAAGCGUGUUUGCAUAAAAAUGGGCUUUUACUGAAUUUCCUGUUGAUAAAAGAGCAAAAAAUGUAAAUGCAACCAAAAGCAAAGUAAACAAGUUGUUUUAAUUCACUUCUCUUGGUGUGACAGUAUUGUGUUUCUCUCACCAGCACAUACUGUUUUCACAACACGUAAAAUUGAAAUCUUCACGGUUGUUUAUUCACUACGAAGAAAAAAUGUAAUGUGUAUGAAAAUGCUUUUUUGAUGAGCAGUUUUGCUUGUAUAUGUUUAGUGCACUAAAUGUCUCACUAAUCAAAAAUGUUCAGCACCCAGCCGCUGUUUGCAAACCUGAUGCGUGUUGAUUAAUCCUCAAGCAUCAUUUCAGUCAUUUUUUCUAUGCCCCUUAUUAAGGAACAAACAAUCCUUCUUUGUCUUAUCUGAUGUGGCCCUUAAAUUAUGCUGGUUAAUGACCCGUUUUCAGAAUAAGCCACAGAAUGAAGAAAAUAUAAAAAAUUGCUGUAGCUGCAAUGUCAUUAGUUUCAGGUAUUGACGGUGGCUUUCCUGUUAUUAGUCACAUCUGGACCUUUUGUUGAAAUGAUGUAAAAUAUCCAUCGUAUCCCUGUUAUUCCCACAAACACGUGACAAAAACUGAACAAAAAAAAAAACAUCCCGCGUGUCUCUUGAGUUUAUUCUGUUUUAAUUUGUCAUUAACUAAAAUACCUCCUGACUUUUAUAGGAAUAGCUUUUGUCUUGUGUUGUGUAGAUCCAAACUGUUCACCUUUUGGAGACUAAUGAAAGCGUUUUUUUUAUUUUUUAUUGUGGUCGUCCCCCAGAACCUGUGACUUCCAACAACCCUGUGCUCGAGUACGGUGUUUGACUGAACUGUGCGGACGUUAACAAAACGAGUAAUGAUUUUAGUAUUAGCGGCGACUACAAACCACAACAUAUUUUAGCCUUGUCCUAGAUGCUAACCCCCAAAUGCUCACCUGUGUGAUUUCCCCCAAUUUGUCUACCUGUGUGACGCUCAAACGUAGAAUUGUAUGGAGAGUUCAGGGUUUAUUAAUAAAAGUGUUUGUGUGUGUGUGAGAGAAGUGACUAAAUGACAAAAGUCAUAUGCACUGAUCAUCUGUAUAAUCUGCUUCGUAUCACAAAACUGUUAUUGUAGAGAGGAAAAAAAAGAUUAUAAAGCUAUUUACAGAGUUACCUCUGGUUGCCUGGAUGGCCUCGUGUGUAUUCCUACACGGAGGACUGCCUGGCCGACGUUCACAAGAGAUUUUAAAUGCUCGCGCCCUCUUGUACAUAUUGAUGUACCCUCAGUUGUGGCGUUUUACUGUGUGACCCCCCCGAUCAGUUGUGGUUUAUUUGCCCCCCCUCCCCUCCCUCGCCCCCUUCGCAGGGUGACCUGAGCCUCACUUUGCUGACCUUUUUCAGCUCAUAAAUAAGCUCACCGAUUUGCCUUACCCUUCGUCUCAUGUCGCCGCCCCUAAAGUAACACUACGAGGAGGAGUAACGCCGCCGACGUUACACUCCAAUAGAUUAAAAAAAACUAUCCCCAUCUCGGGGUGCUAUCGACACAGUGACUUUGUCAUGCUUGUCACAUGGUACAACUUUUCAACCAUCGCUGGUGUGUGUGUGUGUCCCCCAUGUUACCUUAUCGAAUCUCCGUCUUUAAAGCUUAUUUCAUUUUUUCACUGCAGAUGAUGUCAUACUUUUUAACUAAUGCAAGUGUUUUAACAUGGUAACCUCGUAAGUAUUCAAAAUGUGCAUACAUACGUUCAUGUCUGCUCUAUUUAUGAUUACAUUCAACAAUAGCUUUAGAGUGCUGUAGAUAAGUAUCGUCAAUGUCGAUUCAAAUGCUUCUCAAAGGCCUCUGUGAGUGAUUUUACAAAGUUCAAUAACUGUAUAUUUUGUACUAUGUUCUAGCUCCAAAGGAAUGGCGGAAAAAAAACAGAAAAUGUCUAAAAAAGCUUUGUUCCCUGAACUAAACUGUACUAUUUGUGUUGUCGAUUGAACAAAUUGCAUUCCUUGCUUGUGAAUUGAUGCUUUUCUCUCCCUGCUCCUUACAUUUUCUCCCCCGUCUUUCCCUCCUUUCUUUCAUUUUUUUAGCCUUUGAAGUUUGAAUAAAAUUUCUAGUUUGCAGAAUGUAUUACUAAAUAAAUGGGUUGUCAUCUUGUACCUCUAA